AGAUUGAUCGCUUUCCGGUCCUGACCUCACCUAAGGCGAAGUGGUGUUUUUGUCUUAACCGCGCUUAGAUUGAAAUUGUUGUGGCCUUCAUAGUUUCCCAUCAACCAACGUCGCUUCAGCCCGUCUUUACCUCCACACCGAUAACCACACAGCUCCCCGGCCUCCUCGCCCAGGUCCACCGUUUAUACCUACCUUGGAAACGUUACAAUGUCCUCACUAUCUUGCCUCAGAAACCCCGCAGGGUACCACAUACUAAGCUACGGUACCCUCAUCGGGAGCACCCUCUUCCAGUCCUUCAUCAACGGCAUCGUCGCCUUCCGCGUUCUUCCCCGUGCUCAAUUCAGCACUCUGCAGAAGAAUAUCUUUCCCAUCUACUUUGCCCUCCAAACGAUUGCGCCCCUGUGCAUGAUUGCGACGUACCCGGCAGGGUGGCGUGCCCUUGUCUCCGGCUCCACCUCCGCCGCAUCUGCCUCGUCCCACCGUCUACCCUUCUACCUUAUCUCUACCCUCUUCCUCACCGGCGCCGUUAACUUCCUCUUCAUCGGACCCGCGACCACGCAGGUGAUGCAGGAGAGGAAGAAGCAGGAGACGAGGGAUGGGAAGAAGAGCUAUGAUAAGGGACCACAUAGUAGCGAGAUGGAGGCUUUGAAUAGGAAGUUUGGCAUGUUGCAUGGGGUUAGCAGUUUGGUGAAUCUGGUGGGUAUAAUGGGGAUGGUUUGGUAUGCGUUUGUGCUUGGGGAAGGGUUGGAUGUUGUGGUGUAGCGGGAGCAAGAUGUCUUUGGGACUUUUUAUUACAGAUUUUUUCUUAGCUGAAUUUAGAUUUACAAUAUAAACUGAUCAAUUCA